AAUAGAUUGUCAAUAGAUAGAUACGAACCACAUGAACGAACGGGACCAUGGCGAGCGACGAAGACAAAAACAGAAACGAAGGAGAGCAGCCGGGGACAGAGGCAGCAGCAGAGACGGGAAAGACCACAGCCAUGGUCGACGAGCCACUGCCACGAAAAGUCUACCAGGACGACUUUCGUCCCGGAAGGGGGAACGCUCUCCAGGCCGCCGUAGCUUCGGUCUUUGGGUCCGACCUGGCCGACGUUCCCAACUUUGUCGAGCGCCCCGAGGGGUACGAAUCCGCGAUUGAGAUGUUUUGCCGCAAUCGUAAUUACUCCUGUGAAAAACGAAAACUCCCCGCAGAGGGCUCCGGCGUCGGCGGGACGCAAGGCCCGCCUCCCUCCGGCCAACGGCGGCGCCUCUGCCUGUUGCGGGGAAAGUCCCCCAGGGGUCCCUUUGGACACGUGGUGAUAGCGAGAACCAGUGUGUCGGGUCCCGAAUGUGUCCACCGGGGGGCGGUUUUUGAGAUGGUGCACGACCCCCAUCCCGACGAGUCAUUUCUCGACGAAAGCGAGCCCUUCGGAUGGUGCAUGUUUUUCACUCCCAUCGAAGAACAAGCAACGCAACUUACCAGUUAGCUCACUUGCUGCUGUAGCCAGUGUCAUACCGAAGUUGCGAGGGUACAUCGAACAUAGGUAUGGAAACGAAACCAGUUCGUUCUCGAGUAGCGCAGCGCACCCAAGGACGGUUAGGUUUGGUACCAAUUGCCUCAAUGGCUUGUUAAUAGUUUCUUUGGCUGCCUCUUGAUCAGCUCUUUUUGAGGCUCUAUUCAUAAUGAAUAAUCACAUGCUUGAUUU